AUGGGUCAACGGCGCUAUGUCCGCUCCUUCUGCAAUGACUACUGCAGGACAAGCAAAGUAGAAGCCAUCCUGAACCAGCUCAAGUGGCCAACAUUACAAGAACGCAGGGUACAGGCUCAGGUGGUGAUGAUCUUUCGCAUCAACAACCCGGUUUCUAGAAGUCAUGACGAAUCGAGAGUCAUCCAAAAGAGUCUUCCUUCCCACCUCACUGCUUCCCUCCCAGAAACUACUGACAACAAACUACAGUUGAUCGACAUCAUAAUACCGGUAUGCGUGAUUCUGCAGAAUGAGGAGGUGUUCAGAAAUAGGCAAAAGCACAAGCUGGUCAUUACCGGUCAAGAUGAGGUAUCUGUUGAAGUGAUACCAGGCAGCGAUGUCAUGCCAAGGGAAGAUCUUUCCAUAACACAUGAAGAAGCAGACAACAUCAUAGAAGGUACACUCACCAAUAUACCCAGCUCAGAUACAGAUGGCAGCGAUGAGGUAAACGUGGAUGACAGACCAGAAGAAAGUUCAAAUGCAUCCCAGGCAUUGACCUCAGAAACAGGAGAAACAGGAGAAACACAACUGCCGCUUGUAGGACCGGUGCUAAUAGAUGAUCUGCAUAGGGUGUUUGCCACCAACAAAGAACACCAAGUCGGGAAUCGCAUGAAAAAAGUCUUAAAUUCUCUUAUAAAGUUGAGUGAAGGAAACGAUGGCAAAUAUUCUGCAUCUUUAAAGAAGUGUCUUAAUGACGUCCCAAUUGAUGUUCUUGGAGAUGUUGAAUAUUUUCUUGUUAAACUAGAUGAUAUUCCUGUCGGCAGAUUAAGAGACAUAUGUGAAAUUCUGCUGACAAUGCCCGAUAUCCAGCAAAAGGACAUCUUUUCGGAAUAUGGUCAGAAAGACCAGGAACGAAGGACAUCUUUAUUAGAAGGUCAAAUGAGAUUAUUACUAAGAAAGUGGGAGAACAAAGACGCUGCACGUAACUACAUGUCUGGUCUCAUAUUACAUGCAACUAUGGAUCAUUCAGUGUCUGCAUCCUUCAGCCAACAGGCCCCUUCUAGAUCCAAUCAAUUGACUAAUGAGCCAGAACAGGAGACCGGCCUUCUGUCACAACCUGAGGAAGACCUUAUAGGAUUUUGGAUGAGUAAGGUGAUAAAGCUAGACCCGACAGUCCAGGAAGGAUUAAUAGAACAGUUCAAUACAGAUCGUUCCCGCAUGGAAAAACUUCUGGAAUCAGGCUUGAAUCGUCUUUCCAUGGAACAACGAAAUAGUCUCCAAGAAUCACUUGCGUCAACGUCAACGCCAGGAUCUCCAGAAACCAUGAGACUUUUGAAGGAUCUGAUUGAAUGGGUGAAAAAAAUAGAUUUAUGAUAAAGAUAUGAG